UUUCAGGAAUCCGAAUGGAGUAUCUCUGGAUAACAUGCUCGAUAUUUCUGCUUUUAUAUUUGCCGUUCACGAGAUCUCAAGGCCUCUGUGAGGUGAAAAAUGGGUCAUCAACUAUCAUCGUAGAUAUAGAAGAAAGCCGAGGAACAUCAAUCAGCCAAGAAACGGUUCCGCCAGAGUUACCAAUAGUCGGGGAGCCCAAUGUAGACAUUUUCCUAGACCUUUCGUUUCCGAAAGGUGUGCCCCUAUUUUUUCUCAAUGAGAAGAAGCUGCAGCUGCUGACGCCCAUCGAUAGAGAUGAGAAGAAUUUAUCACAUAUUGUGUUCCAGUUAAUAUGCACCAUAAAGUCCACGUACAAGAAGAGGACAAUUCCAGUAAUCGUAAGACUGAUUGACGUCAAUGACAACGCACCAAAGUUCAUCAACACGCCUUAUGAAACAACGAUAUCCGAACUGACACCCGUAGGUACCACCAUCUUCCAGAACGUGGCGGCCAAAGAUAAAGAUACCGGCGUGAACGGGCUCGUCGAGUACACGAUAGUAAAAGGUUCUAAUCUGCCUGACGAUGACAACAGCAUCGGCAGAAGAAUGCACAGCGAGGACGGCUACGGAUAUUUCGCCAUCAACUUGCCGCAUCAGGGUCAGAUUACGGUCAACAGGACGCUAGACUUCGAGAAAACGCAGAGAUAUUAUGUCACGAUCGUUGCUACCGACCGUGCCCGCGACGAGUCGCAGCGAUUGUCUUCAACCACCACCCUUACAGUCAACAUUAAGGACGACGACGAUCUGCCUCCAUCGUUUAUCUACAAGGGGUGCAUGUUGUUGGAUGGAACUUGUAUCAAUCCUGAAUACACCGCGUCGGUCUCAAGUGGAGUUCUUCAUGGGGUACUCAACAUCCACCCAGAAAAAAUCCAAGCUGUGGAUAUGGAUACAGUUAACUCCCCUAUUAAAUAUUCAUUCGUCAGUGGAGAACCAGCUUCAUAUACGGAUUAUUUCAAGAUAGAUCCUGAUUCAGGCACAGUGCAUCAGAUCAAACCUGUAGAUACCACGACCGCGAAAAAAUUCAGCAUCAUCAUCAAGGCUCAAGAGGUAUCGGAAGCCAAACGGUCUACCACAGCAAAGCUCUUCAUUAACGUGAAGCCAGUGGACUCGCAUCCACCAGAAAUAAGUCUGUCGGCCAAAGAAGGAUUUGUCGAUGAAAACUCGCCAAUUGGCGAGGUUGUAGUAGACGCAUACGGAAAUCCUCUGACUGUGACAGUUGAAGAUAGAGAUUUUGGACCCGCAGACCCAAGGCCAGCGUAUACCUUCGAGCUUACCACUCCGUAUUUUUCUGUAGACCCUGCGACCAAAAAGCUCGUUGUAGCCGACAGCAAAUUGGACAGAGAUCCUCCAAAUCCUGCAGUGUUGAAAUUCCAGAUCGUGGCUCGGGAAGUUCAAACUCCGACUUCGACUCAAUCACAUGGAGCAGCCUCGGCUCCCGCAUCCAUAACUGUCAAACUGAGGGAUGUAAACGACAACGCUCCCCUGCUUCCAGCCACAGGAUAUAAAGUCCAAGUUCCAGCAGGAGAAGGCAGGCGGAAGGUUAUGGAAGUGCGAGCUACUGACAAGGAUGAAGGUGAAAAUGCAAGGAUAAAGUACUCCAUCUAUCACGUAUCUAACAACGGAAAUGAAAAAUUCACCAUCAGUCCUCACACCGGCCAAAUCGACGCGAUUGGAAAACUGCACGCCGGAGAACAGUACAGUCUCACUGUGCAAGCUACAGAUAAAGGGGGGCUUUCGUCACAAGCUAUUGUAGAGGUGACUAUCAGUCCGGGACCGAAUAAGGAACCUCCAAUCUUCGAGCAAGCCGCCUACGAUAUAGAAGUAAGCGAGGGUGCCACCAUCAACUCGACGGUUGCUACUCUCGCUGCAACGGAUCCCGAAGGAGAACCAAUCAGUUACUCCAUCGUUUCCGGAAAUGACCUUAGACAGUUCGCCAUUGGACCAAAAACCGGAGUUAUGACCAUCAUCAGGCAGUUGGAUCGAGAGGAUCUCAACCGAUACCAAUUGAUGAUAAAGGCUGAAGAUGCUGGCAAGCUGUCAAGUUUGGUCACCGUGAAUAUAAGAGUAACAGACAUAAACGACAAGAAUCCAGAGUUUCAAGGUGAACCAUACAAAUUCAGAGUCAAAGAAGGGUUAAAUAAGACUUCAGUUGGAUACGUCAAGGCCACAGACGCUGAUGAAGGCAUUAACGCCAAAGUUAGUUACGUCAUCCCUGAGUCUUUGCCGUUUGAUAUUGAUAGUGAAACUGGCGAAAUCACGACCAAUAGCGUGUUGGAUUAUGAGAAACAGAAGGAAUAUCAGUUCGUAGUGACAGCCAAAGAUGGAGCUCCAGACCCAAGAAUAGCUACAGCUACCGUCACCGUUGAAGUUAUAGAUAUAGAGGAUGAGUUACCAUUUUUCAAGAAGCUAAUAUACGAAGCUACAGUGCCUGAAAAUGUUCCCGAACACUUUGUCGCAGAAGUCAAGGCUUAUGAUCCAGACACAAUCCAGAAAAUCACGUACGUUAUCCACCAGGGUCCUACAGAUCUAUUCAGGAUAGACGAAAAUACUGGCAGUAUUUUUACUUCUCGUGGACUAGACUACGAGAAAGACCAACAGCAUGUGCUGGUAAUCGGCACUUUAGAAAAUAUGUCCAAUAAAAAUGGCAGUACUGCUAAAGUUAUUGUCAACGUUGAGGAUAGAAACGAUAUACCGCCAGUUUUCACAAUUGUACCUCAUCCUAUAAGCUUGGAAGAUGAUGUGCCUAUAGGUACUACAGUAACUACCUUAACUGCGACUGACUCCGAUGGAACUGCUCCUGGGAAUACGGUGCGAUAUGAAAUUAUUGGACGUGGAAAGGCGAAGAAGUACUUUCAGAUUGAUCCAGAUACCGGAGUAUUGAGAGUAACCAAUGACUUGAAAAAGGAAAUUGACACUGAAUAUCAGGUAGACGUUCGUGCCUUCGAUUUAGGGGAUCCCCAACUUUCUUCUGUAAUAACGGUCGACGUCUACAUACAACACGUGGCUACUGUGGCUCCCGAAGUAGGACUGAGAUUUGCAGAUACCUCGUAUAGCUUCCAAAUACCCGAAAAUGCGACGGAAGGCUACAGGAUAAAAACAUUGACGAUCGUCAAUAGCAAGAUACACGGAAAUACCAUUCCGCUGAAAUGCCAAAUUAUCUCGGGAAAUAAAGAAGGUAAAUUCCACAUAAACGUGACCGAGGACCGCAACUGCGCUCUCUAUCUAAACUCAUCGCUCGACUAUGAAACGCAAGAAACCUAUCACAUCGAGGUCGAAAUAAUGUCCUUACAAGGAUUCAUCAACCGAGAAUUCGCUAUCACUCAAAUCACCAUCAAUGUACAGGAUAUCAACGAUAACAAGCCGUACUUCAUCUACCCAAUGGAAGGAUUGAAGAAGUACUAUGCAGCUCUAUCUGACGACUCUGGUUUAUCGACAGCUGUCACUCAAGUGAAAGCUGACGAUAAGGAUAGUGGAAAGUAUGGGAAAGUUGUGUAUUCUUUGAGUGGGAAUGCCAGCGACGGAUAUUUCGCCAUUGAUGCGACAACAGGUGUUAUAAAAACGAAGAAAUCGUUUCAAAACAUAGACGAAGAAGCGUUACCUUUCAAACUUACAGCUAAAGCCCGGGAUAAUCCAAACUCGACCAGUGACUUUUUUGAUAUAGAAACCGAAGUCAUAGUGAAUCUGAUAUCAUCGAUCAAUAGGAUGAUUUUGGUUAUAGGAGAUGCUAAACCAGAUAUGGUACAAAGUAAGCUUGAAGAUAUAGCCAGAAUAAUUCAGGAACAGUCAGGAUUGAUAGUAGGCAUAGAAAAAUUGACGCAACGAGAAUACAUCGGAGGCAAUGGAACUUUAGAGGUUGAUCCUGAAGCAACGGAUGUUUGGUUCUACGUGGUCGAUCCAGAGAGUGACACGAUUCUUCCAAGGAAUUCUUCAGUUGUCAAAAGGUCUCUUUUUGAAAAGGCAGCGAUGGCUAACCUGACUUUCGACAUCACGAGCCAGAUCAAGCACAACGCGUUCAACAUUCACCAGCCUAUUGCGAUGCCCAAGGUCAAAAGUGCCUCGAUAGCAUCCUUCAACGGGGAAGUGUUCCCUUAUGCCCUCAUUGUACUAGCCAGCGUCAUUUUCGUAUUGGGCAUCAUCGGCAUCAUCUACAUUUGCGUGUCUUGGUCUAAGUACAAAUCAUUCAAGGACCAACAUUCGCAUCACGCACGGCCUUAUACUGUGCCUGCUAGUCCUGCCAGGUACGAUUCGGUGUAUGUGGAGCCGAACCUCAAAGAAUAUGAAACGCAGGUACUACAAAUGUGUGUACCUGUGGACGACCCAGACGAUUACAACGAUCUGCAUUUAGACUUCAGCGAUAAGAAUCACACUUUCAACUUAGAUAACGUUAGUUAUAUCAGUAAGGAUAAUACGAGUAAGAAAUAUGGACAACAAAGUCCAGCAAGCAGCGAAUCAAACACAACGGCAAGGGCGUCUAGCGUCGGAGAUGCCCACAUGUCGAAGAACAACGAAAACUCACGACGCGAUCAUGUAUAUAGGUCAUCUGACGAAGAUGAUAUGAAUGCCAGUUCUUCGAAUGAUAAUGUGAUGUUUAAAGAAAAGAAAGACUAUUUGAAUAUAACUUACGGUUACGGAGAUCAUUCUCCUGUCGAGACGACAACCGAAUUGUAAAUGCUCCUUUUAAAUAGUCAGAUGUAACUAAUUUAUGUUUUAAUUUUGUAAGAAAGGUUUAUAGGUUAAAUUUUUUAUAAUAAAUUUUAUUCUUA